UGACGUCAUCAUCCCAAUAAGAUCGAGAAGAAAAUACGAAGGCAGCUGCAAGUGAGCACAAAUUCCUUGCGAAAUGUGUUUAAAAUCUUUAUAAUUUAAUUUAAAACACCCCCAAACAGUGGACAUUUGCUAAAAUUACAAACGGAAAGUGAAGGAUUCCGGAAAAAGUGAAAACCAAACGAAGCAGACGCUAUUUUGUUGGACCCCCUUCAAAAGUGGGAGUAGUCACGAAGGUUAAAUCCGGAUUGCAACAGAAUGGAGGACAUUUUCCACUGGUGCCGCGAGGGCAACUCGAUCCAGGUGCGUCUAUGGCUGGACGACACCGAGCAUGAUAUGAAUCAAGGAGAUGAUCAUGGCUUCAGUCCAUUGCACUGGUGCGCUAAGGAGGGUCAUACCAAGCUGGUUGAAAUGCUGCUGCACCGGGGUGCUCGGGUGAAUGCCACCAACAUGGGCGAUGAUAUUCCACUGCAUCUGGCUGCCGCACAUGGGCAUCUGGAAAUUGUUCAAAUGCUAAUUCGUUUCCGAUCGGAUGUAAACGCUGCUAACGAACACGGAAAUACUCCACUUCACUAUGCCUGCUUCUGGGGCUAUCAACCAAUAGCCGAGGAGCUGGUUAGCAAUGGUGCUUUGGUAUCGCUCGCCAACAAGGAUGGCGAUACUCCACUAGACAAGGCAAAGUCUCAGCUGGCGACACGCCUGCACAGUCUGGCCGUCGAAAGUGGACAGGAACUGAAGAAGAUCAGUUUCAAGGACCAGAGCUGGUUGGGUCUGAAGACACGGUCCCGGGAUGCGACUCUGUCUCGGUACAAGGGGAUCAACAUUCAAGACUUGAUGUUGCACACCAAGCUGGCCAUCACGGCGGGAGGCGAAACCUGGCGUGGUAGAUGGCAGAACAAUGACAUCGUGGCGAAGAUUCUCGCGAUUCGCGAAUGCAACGCACGUGUCAGUCGGGACUUCAAUGAGGAGUUCCCCAAGUUGCGAAUUUUCUCGCAUCCGAAUAUUCUGCCGGUGAUCGGAGCGUGCAAUGCCCCGCCUCGUUUGAUCGUCAUUAGUCAGUAUAUGCCGAGGGGAUCGCUGUACGAUUUGCUGCAUGGUGCUGCUGGUAUUGUGGUCGAUACGGCGCAGGCGGUUCGUUUUGCUCUGGAUAUUGCCCGUGGUAUGGCUUAUCUUCAUUCUUUGGAAAGGAUUAUCCCGGAAUAUCAUCUUAAUAGCUUCCAUAUUAUGAUCGAUGACGACCUGACGGCUCGUGUAAACAUGGCGGACGCUAAGUUCUCCUUCCAGGAGCGUGGCCGCGUCUACCAGCCGGCCUGGAUGAGUCCGGAAAUGCUGCAACGUAAGCGUACCGACCGUAACUGGGAGGCUUGUGACAUGUGGAGCUUUGCCAUCUGUAUCUGGGAGUUAGCAACGCGAGAAGUCCCCUUCGCUGAACUCUCGCCAAUGGAAGCCGGCAUGCGUGUCGCUACCGAAGGUCUCCGUGUUCUGGUUCCUCCGGGAACGUCACCCCAUCUGCACAAGUUGAUCAAGAUUUGCAUGAACGAAGACCCGGGCAAGCGUCCGAAGUUCGACAUGAUUAUCCCGAUUCUGGAAAAGAUGAAACGCUGAUGUGGAACUUGCUUCCGACGGAUAUGUGUUCAUUCAUGGGAAAGUGAAAAAUGAUGUGCCUUUAACUGUUUUGUCUCUUUAUUUAUUAAACAAAAAACGACCUUCCUAACAACCCGUAGAGAAUGUUAUAAUCUGCCAAAAUGUAACAGUGUGCUGAUUUAUUAACAAAGAACACGAAAGUUUUAAAUGCUGCGAAGAAGAAAAAAUGUUCAAAUGACAAUACCGCGUUUAGGUUCGUUCGUACUCGUUAGUUGAUAUUCUGUUAAAACACGUAACAAUUCAAUCAAACACAGCAAGAGUGUCUUAUACGUCAGAAUGGAUAGUAUUAAAAAUGAAUGGAAAUGUAGUGGCAGCUGCCAAAUCGAAAAAUGCACAAUUAACUGAACCUAAUCGAAAAGUAGUAGGUAGUUGCAUGUACGUUAAACGUAACGUAACGUAACGGUUUAGAUUUGUAGAAACAGAUUUAUUUUUAAUAAACGUUUAUUGACGACUA